UUUGAACCCGUUUCGCGAUCAUGCCUGAGCCCGCCAAAUCCGCCCCGGCCCCGAAGAAGGGCUCUAAAAAGGCGGUGACCAAGGCGCAGAAGAAGGAUGGCAAAAAGCGCAAGCGCAGCCGCAAGGAGAGCUACUCAGUUUAUGUGUACAAGGUGCUGAAGCAGGUCCACCCUGAUACCGGCAUUUCGUCUAAGGCCAUGGGCAUCAUGAACUCCUUUGUCAACGACAUCUUCGAGCGCAUUGCGGGUGAGGCAUCGCGGCUGGCGCAUUAUAACAAGCGCUCAACUAUCACCUCGAGGGAAAUCCAGACCGCUGUGCGCCUGCUGUUGCCUGGGGAGUUGGCCAAGCACGCCGUGUCCGAGGGUACCAAGGCUGUCACCAAGUACACCAGCGCGAAGUAAGUUUCCCAAGUUAGCCUUUUUACCCUGAACUCCAAAGGCUCUUUUAAGAGCCACUUACGAGUGUCAAUACUAGAGCUGCAAGACUUCUUACGGUGUUCACGAGCAGUGCGUUCCACUGAGCAACUGGAUAACUCGGUCAGACCAGUGCGAAGGACGGAGAGACACGAGCAGCACCCCUCUGGGGAGGACGCAGUGUAUAUAGGCAGGGAGAAAAGUGAAAUAUGUUCAGAGUGGGUAGUGUAUAUAUUGAAACACGUUCAGAUGCGGUAGUGUACUUACAUAAUAAAGAAUGAAGCUCCUCUGGUGAAAGACUGGGAGGGCCCUUGAAAGGGCCUUUUUACAAAACGAGAGAUGCCAAAAUGCUCAUUUAGCCGCCAAAGCUGUAUAGGGUGCGGCCCUGGCGCUUGAGCGCAUAGAUAAUGUCCAUGGCAGUCACUGUCUUGGGCUUGGCGUGUUCCGUGUAGGUGACGGCGUCGCGGAUCAUAUUUUCCAGAAAAACCUUUAGUACCCCGCGAGUCUCCUCGUAAAUGAGGCCAGAGAUACG